AUGGCACCGCCGCCCUCUCCUUCUACCCCACAAGCUUCCUCUCUCUUGGACCCGUUCUCCCCGCACAGCUCGCUGGACUCCUUCCACGCUCACGCCCUGCGCACGGGCCUGUCACCCAGCAGCACGGUCUAUGCCGGCACUACCUACGAGUACCUCGCGCAGGACACCCUCCGGCCGUACGGCUUCCGUCUGCACCGUGUGGGCGGCCGGGGCGAUCGCGGCGUCGACCUCGCGGGUAUCUGGGAGGUGCCGGCCCUGUCACGCUCUGACGGAUGGAAGGAGAAGGAGAAGGACAAGAAGAAGAGGGAUGACAUUACGACUACGAGACAUUGGCGUGAGUCUCCGGGCAUCGAAGAAUUAGGGGAUGCCGUCGACACCCUCCGCCUCCAGGUCCUCGUCCAGUGUAAGCGGCUGGCGGGCAGGCAUGCGAGGAUCGGGCCAAACUUGGUCAGGGAGUUGGACGGGGCCGUCAGGGCGACUAGAAGUGCAGCGUUGGUCAAUAUGGUGUACUCUAAGGCCACGAUGGAGGGUUCAGCGAAAGAAGAUGGAGACUCGGGGAGCAGCAGCGAAGACGAGCCGCGACAGUCGAGCUUAAUGGUCGGCCCGGCCAUUGGUGUCCUGGUGGGUACGAGGCCAGCAACCAAAGGCGUGGUCGACAGUAUGAGCCGGUCGACUCGUGGGCUGGUCUGGGUCAUGAUGGAAGAAGUCACCGAUCAAGAGACAGGGGUCGGGGGAGAACGACAUGCUGUUAGCCAGCCAGAGUCGAUUGCCUCCGCGGCGAACUUGAGAGGCCGCAUCAAGCAGAUCCUCUGGAACCACGCCGCACGCGAAGCAGGACUCGAAGGCGUCGACGUGGUCAAACGCUACGACUCGGACGGCCAGGAAGAGGUGGUUCUGAUGCGCGGCGGCCGGGUCUGGGGUGGAGGGAUGAACAGGUGA